GCGACCGACCAGCCGGCCGGGUUCGGGCAGCAACACCAGCCCCGAGGCGGCGGGGCCGGCGCAACCAUGGCGCUACCGCUCUUGCCCGGGAACUCUUUCAACAGGAAUCUAGGGAAAGAAAAGUUCCAUAAAUCUCAACACUGGAGUUACUGCAAUAAGGUUUCUAUGUUGGUGGGUGAAGACAAACCUGGAAUAGGAGGUGAACCCUUGCUUGGACAAAAGCUGAAAUCAAAGUAUAGUGUUUUUCCUAGAGGUGUUGGAAGUGAUGCACCUUCCUGGGUAGCAUUUGAUAAACAGGUAUUGUCUUUUGAUGCUUAUUUUGAUGAAGAAGUUCCUGACAAAAAUCAAGAGCUGUAUAGAAUAAGACACUGUAAAAUAUAUUUCUAUCUGGAAGAUGACACAAUUCAGGUGGUUGAACCCCAGGUGAAGAAUAGUGGAAUACCACAAGGAACUCUCCUUCGGCGUCAUCGGAUUCCACUCCCGCCUCCUAAUGAAGAUCAGUUCUAUACUGUAGAUUAUUUCAACCUCGACACAGAUCUCAUUUUUUAUGGUCGAAGAUAUAGGAUUAUAGAUUGUGAUCAAUUCACCAAAAAUUUUUUGAGGAAGAUGGGAGUCAGAUUAAAUCCUUCAGUAAAUCGUCCAGAUGAUCCCUAUACCAAAGAACGUCAAAAGUUGAUAGAUAGUAUGACACCUUUGCGUCCGUAUGAGCGUUUUGAUACACUUCAGCAGUUUCUGGAGCAUGAUGGACAUGUUUUACGUUUUUAUGGUUUUUGGGAUGACACUGAAACAAUGUUUGGGGAUGUCCGAGAAGUGGUGCUACAUUAUUUUUUGGCCGAUGACACCAUUGAAAUGAAAGAAGUGAUACCAGUAAAUUCAGGUCGGGAUGCUGUACCUCUGUUCCUCAAUAGGCAGAAGCUACCAAAGUAUGCUCCAGUUGGACUGUACCAGCCUGGUACAAUCACAGAUCGGACCGUCCUGAAUGUGUUUGGAGGACUAGUAGGGAAUAAAGGCCGUUACAUUCUGGACAAUCGUAAGACAGGAGCUGUACAUCAGGAAUUUUAUAAAGACUGUGACCUGAGAAUAGGGUCAGCGAUCAAUAUUUGGGGAAGAAAGAUAGUUCUCUGCGAUUGUGAUGAAUUUACCAAAGAAUAUUAUAAGACAAAGUAUGGAGUCAAGGACUUUACUCCAAUUCCAUACAAGGCACCACCUCUUCCAAAGGUAGAAAGAGUGGUUCCACCAUACAAUGGAUUUGGCUCUGAAGAGGACUCUCUUUGCUCUUGCAUGAGCUUACUUCCCAAACCACCCCAAAAAGACUUCAAGAAAUUCAUGCAAAAAGACAGACAAGGCCUCGAAAGUAAUAUAUUGCGGUUUCUUGCACAACUUAUUACUACUGAUCCCAUUAACAAAGAUCGGAAGUUCCUUGUUUCUUAUUAUCUGAGUGAUGAUACCAUUGCAGUCUUUGAACCUCCCCAACGGAAUACAGGGGUGAUUGGUGGGAAAUUCCUUGAAAGAAGUCGGGUGAAGAAGCCUGGGCAGGAGCUCUAUAAGAGUGAACUGCCUGAGUACUACACAGCUGAGGAUCUGUAUGUCGGAGCCAAAGUGUGUUUCCAUGGCCACGUCUUUCUUUUGGUGGAUGCUGAUGAAUAUGCUUUCAACUACAUGGAGAAGCAUGCAAAUGAGUUUGCUAUGGGCAAUAUCAACAUAAUUUUGAACAAACUGAAAGUGAUAGGAGAACCUCGGUCAAGAGAGAUUAAGCAGAUUUUUGCAGCUACUGAUCCUCAACACACCACCAUUAUUGAUUAUGAUGAAUUCAGAAAUUUGAUGUUGAAUAUCUCAGACGGGAAAUUGUCAGAACAUGAAAUUAUGACCAUUGGGCGAUAUUACAGUGUAAGAGAUGAGAAUGAGAUGGAUGCCACCUAUCUUCUAGCAGUGUCCCAGGAACAACUCAAGAAAAAUAGCUUUGAGAAUUUUGGCCAACUCUUCGCUUCCUUGGCAUACAGUGACCGGGAGAAAUGUGGACUACUGGCCAGUGACAAGUGCAGGAACGUUUGCAAGUCCUUCAGGCUACCGUUAGCAGAUGAUCUUUUGCGAGCACUAUUGGCUGCGUGUGAAGAUUGCAAAGAACGAGUAAAUUAUAAGAAGUUUGUCGAUGGGCUCAACUGGAGAGAGCAUCCAAUCCCAACUUUCCAAACCAUCUUGAUGCCUCUACAGUAUGAAGAUGAAUGGAGUGGACAGCCACCAACACUUCCAGUGAAAAAAAUCAAGUACUUACCACUAAUAGAAGAUGUCUUUGGCAUCAAAGAUUAGGAUAGUCCACACAUUGCACCUCUUAUGAAUAAAAGUUGUGACUUCCUUUUUCUGGAGAGUUGCUGUACAUUUUUAUUUAAACAAAAUAGAAGAAUCACAGUUGUAGAUUUUUUGGGGGGGGAAUGUAAGUUUUAUUUUUUACUUUAUUGUAGAAAUAUAAUUCGUAUACUUUUGUA